UUAUUAUUAUUAUUAUUUAAUUUUAUCAGUUUGCUGUUAGAGCUGAGGUCUGAGCCUUAAGAAGAAUGGUACUCACUCGUCUUCAGUGGCAUAUGGAAGUGUUUAUGCAGCACAGCCGGUUUCUUGACAAUGUAUUUUAUUUAUUUAAUUUAUUUCUAUGGAAGAGUGUGUUCUCGGGUGAGAAGUGACGCGCAUGCGCAGUAGAGCUCUCCCGCAGCAGGACGGAGCGCUGCGUCUUGUCAUGACCUCCAAAGCGGAUGUGGAAAUCCUGCCAAAAGAUGCAGAUGCUCCUCAGCGGCCGAGACACCAGAACACCACCGCCAUCCUCUUACCAGCUUCCCCUCAUCCGCUGCCGAAAGUGGACGUGUCCCAAACCACGGCAAAGGAAGUGACCCAGGUGGGCGGGACGUGCAGCAUCGUCCACGUUCUGGAGUGGAAAGAGGGAAUGGCGAUUCUGCCAGGCAGCAACCUGAAGCUGUGUGUGAGCGACAGCGGCACUCUGGAGGUGAUCAGUCAGGGGAAAAUGAGCUCAGCAAACCCUCUGGCUGAUGGAGCUGCAACCAAAGUCGUGGAUGGAGAACCCAAACAGGCGGUGAAACCCGGGACAGAUCCUUCAGCAGAUGUCCAGGCCGCGUGUGUCGAUGGCGGUCGGCUCAUUAAAGUUAACUCAGAGGUCCAGGAGAACUCGGUUCUGCACAAGAACAGCGAUCAGAUGAUGAAACGCACCUACACCGAGGAGCUCCGGCGAGAUCCAGCACCUGACAGUCUGACAGGAAGUGAGAGGGGUUUGGAAGCAGGAGUGAUGUCUCGCGACCCGGAACUCCUGAAGCCGAUGAAGAAGAGGAGGAGGAGGGAUUAUUUAAGCCCCUCUGAGGAAGACUCCGAGCCUGAGCCGAUGGAAGGGAAAGCUGAAGAUCUAAAAACAGAAGGACAAGAAAAAACAGGAACAGACGCUAAAGCCGAGUCGUGGUCGUGGGCGCAGUAUCUGGACGAGCAGAAGGCCGUUGCAGCUCCGGCCAAACUCUUCCAGGAGUCACAGCGAGUUCCUGAAAGUCCCAACAACUUUAAUCAGGGCAUGAAGUUGGAAGGUAUCGACCCCCAACAUCCCUCCAUGUACUUCGUCCUGACUGUGGCUGAGGUUUGUGGUUACAGAUUACGGCUCCAUUUUGACGGUUACUCGGACUGCCAUGACUUUUGGGUCAACGCUAACUCCCCUGAUAUUCACGCUCCGGGCUGGUGUGAGAGCACAGGACACAAACUACACACUCCUAAAGGGUAUAAGGAAGAGGAGUUUUCUUGGUCCAGCUAUUUGAAGCUCACCAAAGCACAAGCCGCCCCGAAGGAAUUGUUCACCAACCCGGGCAACAUCGAGACGGACGAGGAACACGGUUUCCAGGUCGGCUUAAAGCUGGAAGCUGUGGACCGCAUGAACCCGUCUCUCAUCUGCGUCGCCACGGUGACGGACAUCGUGGGCAAACGAUUUCUUGUGCACUUCGACAACUGGGAUGAUACGUACGAUUACUGGUGCGAUGCCCGAAGUCCGUACAUUCACCCCAUUGGCUGGUGUAAAGAGAGAGGCCUCGCCCUCACACCUCCACAAGAUUAUCCCGAGCCGGGUCGGUUCUCCUGGGAGCGUUACCUGGACGAGACCGGAUCCACAGCGGUGCCUGCGGACGCUUUUACAGUGCGUCCUCCUCACGGCUUCCAGGUGAACAUGAAGCUGGAGGUGGUGGAUAAGAGGAGUCCGGCGCUGAUCCGUGUGGCCAGCGUACAGGAAGUGGACACGCACAGGAUUAAAAUCCAUUUUGACGGUUGGAGUCAUGUGUAUGACGAGUGGGUGGACUCGGAUCAUCCUGAUAUUCACCCUGUAGGAUGGUGUGAGAGCACGGGUCAUCCUCUAAAACCUCCUCCCUCGAUCCCGCCCAGCGUCCCGCCGCCUGGUCCGAGGGAAACCGCAGCUGCAGCUCCGCCCAGUUUCACCUCAACGCCGUGUAAAAGCGGCCCGAAUUCCCGCAGCAACUCCAAAUACAGCUUCCACAACAGGAAGUGCCCUACUCCUGGGUGUGAUGGCUCAGGUCAUGUGACCGGACGUUUUACAGCGCAUCACUGUAUAUCUGGCUGCCCGUUGGCUGAGAGGAAUCAGGGGCGGGUCAAAAUGGACCUAUCGGAUACAGAGGGAUCCAAACGCAACCUCCUAGUCUUUGGCCAGCGGGCUAAAAAGUCUCGCUACCAUGGCAGGAUUGGACGCCCUCCGAAAUAUCGAAAGAAUCAACCACGAGCCUAUCAAAACAUGACUUCGGAGAGCAUGUAUCCCUCCCUGUUCAUGUCGGCGCUGAGUGCGAGCUCAGAUCGGACGCUCUCUCUCUGCUGGGAGCAACACUGCAAGCUCCUGCCUGGUGUUGCAGGAAUUCACGCCAGUCAAGUAGCUACGUGGAGCGUAGAUGAGGUAUUCGGCUUUGUGCAGAAUCUUAUCGGCUGUGAGGAGCAGGCGCGGCUUUUCAAAGACGAAAUGAUAGACGGAGAGGCUUUUCUCCUGCUGACUCAAAUGGAUAUAGUGAAGAUCAUGAGCAUCAAGUUGGGACCAGCCCUGAAGAUCUACAACGCCAUUCUGAUGUUCAAGAGCACUGAUGAAGGACUGUAGUCGACUUUGACUCCUCAGUGCUGUGCCAUGUUCUCAUCCACCACCCAUCAUGUGUUUGGUGUUUACUGCUGUCCCCACCAGAGAGAGAGAGAGAGAGAGAGAGAGAGAGAGAGGGAGAAAGGGAACAAAAAAAAAAAAGAGACACAAACACCAGAAAAGAAAAAGUAAAGCAUAACUGAGCCCAAAUGGAUGCUGCUGUAUUUUUCCAAAAUGCUGAAUGAUAUGAAGUGUUAAAAAUGGACCAUCAUGGUUCCUCAUUCUUCUUUCUGCUACAGUCAACUCGGUAACUUCACGUCUGAGUUACGAUUUUUCCCAGAUCACAAAUUACUUUUAACAAAAAUCCAGAUUAAUAAUUCCAUUGCCCAGGGGGAAAAAAAUGAUGCUAUAACAGCAGCACUUAAUGGCGUUUGGGUCAUCGUUCUGUCGAUAUGUUUACAAAAAAAUAACACUAUUAGUCCUAUAUGGACUUUUGUAUUAGAAAUGGAAAGUUGAUAGCUAUAUUUUUAAAAAGAUUUUAGGAAUUACAUGCCUUUAUAAACAAACUAUAAUAGGAUGACAAACUUUAAAUACUCAAAACACUUUACAUAUUGAGAAUUUAAGCAGAUUUCCCUUUUACAGGAAGAAAAAGAAAUAGGAAGGAAUAGUUUGAUACAAAAUAUAAAAGGUGGUGUGGUACAUUUUCUCAUCCUGAAGUUUAAGAAUAGUUAGCUGAUGAGGUUAAACCCUAAACCCCACAGUAACGUGGCCCUCCUGCGCCCUCGUCGACUUAACAGCUGCUCCGUUACUCUGUUAGAUCCCUUAGAGGGACGAAGGAAUGAGCUGACACAGGUAGGAGAAGGACGUGCCCAGAAAUCAUUGAGAACUGAUGAUGAGCAACGUCAUUUCCAAAUCCAAAAGAAAAAAUAAAAA